AUGGCCGUCGCCGACGAGGCCGCUGCCAUGAUGAAAACAAAUCUAUGUACCCUAGACCUGGUGAGUUUCCGGCAGGGCAGUCGCAAGCUAGCUGACCGCGGCCUAGUUUUAUCCAACGCCGAUGGCGAAGACGACGCGUACACGAUACUCCGCGUCGACGGCUCGCUAGUGACCAAGAACGCCAGCGACAUCGGCAUCUUUGACAGGACUCUUCUCUAUGUCGGCAAGAUCGUGGAGUCAGUGUCCGACUACGGUGGCCAGAUCGGCGUCGUCACCGGCGUCGCCACCACCCUCGGCGUGGUCCAGCUGAAUGACGGCCUUGGAGCCACGAAGGCCGUGAGCCGCGUGUCGCCAGCUGACCUGCGGCGCGUCCGGGCGCUCAGCCUUGGCGACUACGUCGUGUCCGGGCAGUGGUUGGGCCGGGUGGUCGAGGUGUCCAUGGACACGGAGAUCUCGUUCGACGACGGCGCUGUCUGCAGAGUCGCCGACGCGGCGUCCGGGAAGAUAAAACCAGCUAAGACGCAUGCAUACCUCCCCGAGACUAACACCGCGCUCUACCCGGGGGCCCGCGUCGUCAUCAACCAAGAAGACUCCUCAGUCGUCUUCAUGGAGGAGCGGUGGCUAAGCGGCCAGUGGAAGCCGGACCGCGCAGAAGGCACGGUGACCAAAGUGGAGAUGGCUGACGUGCUCGUUUACUGGAUCGCGUCUGCCGAACAAGCAGGCAUGGAGUCCGCCCCUCCGGCCAACCAGAACCCCGACAGGCUGACUCUUCUCUGUUCCGCGCCCGAGUGCACCUGGUGUUUUGCCGACCGCUGCUUUCUUAAUGCAGACCACACGGACGAGCAAUUGUCGUCGUCGUCAUUGCCGGUCACAAUGGCCGUCUCCUUCACCUGCACCUCCGUCGAGGUGCUGUGGCAGGACGGCACGCGACAGACUAUGGCACGCUCGACGCACGUCUCCCCCGUCGAGUUCGCGAGCGACCUCGACUUUUUUCCGGGACAGUAUGUUAUUGACAACUCUGUUGCCGACGAUGAUGCCAUGGAUGCCAUGGCCAUGGGUGCUGCCAGUGGAUCGAAGAGGCGCGUCGGCGUUGUCAGAAGCCUAAAUUCUAAAGAGCACAUGGUGAAAGUGUCAUGGUUCAAGGCAGCAGAAACAGGGCCUGGCGGGUGGGAGGUUGAGUGCGAGGAUACCGUAAGUGCGUAUGAAUUGGCAAGGGAUCCCGAUUACUCUGCUUUCUAUGGGGACGUCGUAGUUCGUCUACAAUCAGACGUAAGUGAAAGUACACCACUAGCGCAGAAGCAAGCACAGGCCCUUUCAUGGGUCGGACACGUUGUUGACCUUCAUGUCGACGGCCACGUCCAAGUCAAGUGGGGUGACGGCAGCACAUCAACGGUAUUACCUCAUGAGAUCAGUGUAGCCAACAACAAACACUACACGCAACUGCGGGCUGAAUUGACCGGCUCGGUGGAGGAGGAUGGUGUCGAUGCUCCUGCGGACAAUGACCAAGAUGGUACAAAUGUCGAAGGGGGCGUGAUUCAAGGCAGUGACGGCUCUGGUCAUGUAUCUGCGGGUAGUCAUGAAGAUCCUAGUGUUGAUGGCGAUGCGACGGAGACAAGAAUCAACGCAAUCGUAGAUGAUGAUAGUGUCGACGACUCUACCGAGAAUGUAGUGAACAAGGCUGAUGCCCACGGAGAUGACGAUCGGUCUAUGUUCCCACACUUCGAUGUUGUGAAGACCCCUCCGGAUCACCAUUACCUUGACACCAUGGAACAGGUCAGCGGCGGCGGAAAAAAGUGGGUCAAGGCCGUGCAGAAAGAGUGGAAAAUACUGCUGAACAACUUACCAGACACCAUCUACGUGGGUGCAUUUGAGGACCGAAUGGACCUGCUCCGGGCGGUAAUGGUGGGCGCGAGCGGAACGCCAUACCAGGAUGGGCUCUUCUUCUUCGACCUCCAGAUGCCACCGUCCUAUCCAGCUGAGCCACCGCAGGUGUAUUACCACUCGUUUGGCCUACGCCUCAAUCCCAUCCUCUACGAAUCCGGCACGGUGUGCCUCAGCCUGCUCAACACGUUUGGCGGGGAUGGCACCGAGGUAUGGUCACCGGCGACGUCGAGCGUCCUCCAGGUCCUUGUCUCCAUCCAGGGCCUCGUCCUCAACGACCAACCGUACUACAACGAGCCCACCUACGAGACCCUGGUCGGCACAUUGGCGGGACGUCGCAACGCACUGCCCUAUGGCGAGAACGCUUUCCUCCUCAACCUGCGAACCAUGCUCUACCUGCUGCGCCGGCCGCCACAAGGAUUCGAAGAGUUUGUCAAGGACCACUUCCGCCGUCGUGGGAGGUUCGUGCUUGCAACUUGUGCGGCAUGGCUGCAAGGAUGUGCCAUUCACACGUUCGUCGGUGAUGCUCGGGACACCGCUGCAGACAACCAGCGGCCAUGCUCGGUAGGGUUAAAGCUUGCACUCACCAAGUUGGUGUCAAGCCUUUUGGCAGCCUUUAUGGAGAUCGGUGCCGAGGGGUGUGACGAUUUCCAGUUGCAGUUCCAAGAGCUAAAGUCCCUUUAA